AUGUACAGCACCGAAGGCGGUAUGAACAUUGAAGAUGUGGCACACAAUACACCCGAUAAAAUAUUUAAAGAGUGGGUGCACCCUUCAGCGGCUGACAAUAAGAUCGUAGCGGUAGAUUGUAAGAUGAACCUGGAUGAUAAUGCUCUCAUGCGUCAUGCUGACCUCGCUUCGUUGAGAGAUACGUCAGAAGAAGAUCCUACUGAAGUGGAAGCAGGAAAGUACAAUCCUCAACUUUGUAAAACUGGAUGGUAA